UAUCCUAACUUAAUGGCAUUCUCAAAAUCCGUUAUUUGAUGCAACGCUAUCAAACAUAAGUGUGUGCAUUGCUUGAUUUUAUCAUUUAGAUAUUGAUAAAACGCACGACAUAUCAACGCAGCAAUCACGUGUUUUUUUUUAUGUACAUCCGUCUUUAAGUGCAGCAAAACGAGGAAAUUGGCUAAGAUACGACUGUAUGCCAACCACGUAGCAACUAUUACUAAAGCUGUCAGAAAGGAUUACUUUCAGUUGUCAAGAAUUUUGACGAGGGAUAAACCUGGGAUCGAAAAUUUACAUCCAAUCCCGUAAUAUCUCGGUAUUAGUCAAUAAAUGCUCACUGAAUGAUGUACAGUGAUACGGUAUUAAAUUAUUAGUAACAUUCAUAUUCAGCGCAAUCUCUCUGCGUCAUGCUAUUUCAAAUAAUUUUUAAUAUCGAGGGAUUGGAAAUAUUUCCCGUGAAAAUAAUCGAUUAUUAUGAGGAUGAAUGAGCAGUGUAAAUAGAAAUUAAUACGCUAAUUAGAUGUGUAUAUCCGUCAUUCCUCACUAAUACCUAUAGAAUUUGCAAGCGUUGAAAUUUCCCAGCAGGUUUGUCCAUUGUAUUUCGAUCGCGAGACUGCCUGGCGAAAUUCAGGGCGCGGCUAAAAUAUAUAUUCGAUUUAAUUUGUCGAUCUUCCGGAUCGAGGCUCGGGACGAGCCGCUGACAGAAACGCAACGGACCGUUGCCAGUUUGUCAAUGAGGUGAACAGCUGUGCCCAUCCUGUGUGCAUCGCGCGACAAUUAUCGUCACGGGCCGCCGUGACUGUCCGUGCUCGUUCGUCCACGGUUCGAGCACUUUUUACGAGAGAACCCCACUACCCAUUCGCAUAAAACACCACUGCUUGCCGCGCACUUUGUCGCUUUUAGUCGCUCGUUAACCGCGUCGUCGCUCGUGCUAUCGAAACGACGGGGACCGACCGGCAGUAGACUCUUCUCACCGUCCUCACGCGAAGGGGACUCCGUUUAUGCGAAAGCCUGAAUUACGCUAAAGCGAGAUGCACCGGUCGCAUCGAAUCCGACCGACAUCGCGCGAACUCGCGAUCGCGUCUCCGCAUCGAAGCGAGUAACCGUGGAUUCGUCGAGCCGAUGAGACCUCCGUCAUCGUCGGUUUUUCAUCGAGAGCGCGAAGUCAUCACAUGGACAUCUGUUUGCGAUACAUGUCGCAUUGUGGAAAAGUUCGCUAUCGAAGUGCGUCGAUGUCGACCCUGAGAGACGCGCUAACGAGAUGGACAAAACUGUACCUCCAACGUAGUGCGGAGAACCAAUCCGGGAAACAAGCAUAGAACACAAGAGAUAAUCUGGUAAAAGCGGGCUAAGGUGCCAAAGACGUCAAUCGUCGCAACGUAUUAGCGUCGUCGUCGCGACAACCGAUCACCUCGUCCCUGUCGCGACAGUCAACUCCUGUCACGAGACUCAUCUGCUAACGAUCGUCGCUAACGUGGCAAACGUGUGAUUCGUCGCAAUACGUUCAGCGACUGUGCUUCGGGCUUUUCACGAUCAAUAGCAUCAGUGUAUCAGAAUUGACAGUUAUGUCGUGGUCGAUGAGGUGAUUUCGAUCGCGUUUGAACACAAAUCACACUUAUCCACAGCUUCGUCGCGUGGACAGAUCGAUCGACCUAUUUGAGAAAAUUCCCGCAAAGAAUUUCGGACCUCGUUAAAUUUUUAAAAUCUGCUAGAUCGUUAAUCAAUUGACAUCGACGAGAUUCUUAGCAAUUGAAGAUCAGCAAGAAAUGGAGAUCGAUAUGAGCGGCAGGAUGAACAAACCCAACGAGGAAUUAGCGAAGAGACGAGUGUCAAUUAGCGAUCAAGUUAUGGGACUUGAUAAUCCCGUCUUCGAGCAUAAUCGGCGCAUCAGCGCGAGUUCGGAGCACAAUUCUGAUCAAGGCAGACGGAAAUCAAUCCUACAUCACGGCAGCAGUCACUGCGAGAGCGCGGAGAAUAUUCCACAAUACAAGUUUGAUCUGGAAAAUGGUAGGAUCAACGGUAAUAGAAAAAAAUCGGCCUAUAGUCUGUCCAGUUCGAUCAGAGACAAGAUUGAAUAUUCCGAGGAGCUCGAGAGGUCGUGGCUGUAUCUAUUUUGCGCGCGAUGUCACGGUCGCGACGAUACUCCAUCGUGGGAGCCACCGGGUUGGAGAAAAGCAUGUCCUCAGCCGUUCUGUCCAACAUAUAGGAAAUUCGCACGGGUAUUGUGUCUCUUCCUUUUGGGUCUCCUACUCUGGGGUAUUGUCUACUUGGUAAUCGGCGAUGAUGCAGCCCCGGGUGGUCAGUUGUUCGGGUUGGCCGCCCUGUGCAUUGCCGCGCAUUUCGGGGGUUGGUUGAUGUCUUUAACUACCCUUCCAGCCUUGAUCGGUAUGCUGAUCACCGGGCUGAUACUUCAGAAUGUCGGACUUGUGAAGAUCGGAGGACAGUACACCAUGAUGAUUGCCCUUGUACGGAAAAUCGCUUUGGUUAUCAUACUUACUAGAGCAGGCUUGGAUCUCGAUCCAAACGCUCUGAGAAAAUUAAAGGUCACGGUGCCAAAGAUAGGUUUGAUACCAUGGGCGGUGGAAGCAACGGUGAUAGCAGCGAUGACGAGAUACAUCUUAGAUUUACCCUGGAUAUGGGGUUACCUCCUUGGAAGCAUCAUAGCGGCCGUCUCGCCAGCCGUUGUAGUGCCUUGCCUCUUCAGGUUACGUGCCAAGGGUUACGGAGUCGCCAAGGGGAUCCCGACGCUAAUUAUUGCGAUUUCCGGAAUUGACGAUGCGGCAUCGGUGGCAGUUUACGGUAUUAUAAAGAGUAUCAUGUUUUCCCACGACGCGCUAUGGUACCAAAUUCUUCAGGGGCCCAUCGCUGUUAUCGGUGGUCUGGGAUUCGGUAUCAUGUGGGGCUGGUUGGCCAAAUACGUGCCAGAAAAAGGCGAUCCGUUCAUGGUGCCUCUUAGAGUGCUGAUGUUACUCGGAGGAGGGUUGUUGGCGGUUUUCGGCAGCGAGGCAAUCGAGCUCGGGGGUGCUGGGCCGCUUGCGGUCGUAGCUGCAGCUUUCGUCAGCUGCUACUUUUGGCAACAACAAGGUUGGGAAGUGGACGACAAUCCAGUAGCUACAUCUUUCGAGAUCUUCUGGAUGAUAUUUGAGCCGAUCCUGUUUGGUGUUACCGGUGCGCAGAUCACGAUCAGUGAACUGGAAGGGAAGAUCGUCUAUCUUAGCUUAGGCUGUUUGGUUGCUGGCAUCGUUAUUCGGAUCGGAGCAACGAUGGUGUGUGGAAUCGGUUCCAACCUCAAUCUCAAGGAGAAAGUGUUCAUCUCUCUAUCAUUGAUGGUCAAGGCGACCGUACAAGCGGCCCUGGGUCCUGUCACCCUCGACGAGGUCAACAAAGGUAAUCAACGUGAGGUCGAAUAUGCCGAGAUGAUACUGAUGUUGUGCGUCCUCUCGGUGCUUUUGACCGCACCGGCGGGUGCUAUCAUCAUCACGCUCUCGGGACCAAAGCUCUUGACGAAGACUUCCACGCCGAUCGCUCUACCGGAAGCUUGGAAAUCGCGCAGGCCAUCGAUGCGUGACAUAUCGAUUAUCAACGAGGACCCGGAUCUCGAGGAGACCGCAAACGAGAGAAAACCCUGAUGACCUCGUUUAAAUCACGUUUAAAGUCAAUUUAAUAAAGAGUCCAUCUUUGUUUCCCAAAAGUGCCUGAAAAUGUCUACUUUGAUUAUUCAAAGUAUCACUUAAAAAUCAUAAACUAUAUUUAUAUACUAUUAUUGGCGAGAUAUUAAUUAUUAUCCAGACGAAGUUUAAUAAUAACUGAAAAUGAAAUAAUUAUAGUGAUAUCGCAGUGAUAUUGUAGAAUUGUCUGGAGUUAUUUAAAUAAAUUUUCAAUUUUAUUCAAUUUAAUGCUCAUCGAUAUUCUUGUCAGAUUAAUCAUAGCUCUAGCAUAAAUGCAAUCAUUCUUUAUACAAAACGAGAAGACGAUCGUGGAAAACCUUGUAUAUUUAUACUAUGCUAUAAAGAAAGAUGUGUUUAUUUAAAGAUUUUAUGGCUCUAGGGGAUUUCGAAAUUCAUACGUCCAUAAAAUUCAUACUAGAAAUUAUUAUAUAUGUAUAUAUUUUUAUAUAAUAAUGUUUAUAUAUUAUUUUUUUUCCUAACUAUACUUUGCGCACGAAAUUUAUAAGCAAGAUAUUAUAAAACAUCUUUUAUUA